CUGCCACUGGUGAUGAUGAGGAGGCCAACAUUAAAGCACAGAGAGCAGAGAUGAUGGCAGUGACACUUCUGCUCUCUGUCUCGUGUUUCUGUAACCGUUUGUAAGCGACAUAAAUCAAUGAUGGAGGGCUUUGAAUCUUUCCAGCCUGAUCAUCUCAUUUUGUUAGUGAGGAAGCUGAAGGAAGUGUUCGACAUGUGUGAUGAAGAUGAGGACGGAUUUAUUCGAGUUGAACACUUCGUGCAUCUCGGAAGGCAGUUCGGCCAAACAGAUAAGGAGAUAAAAAAGUUUGCCGAGUGCCUGGACCCAAAUGCUAAUGGCAAGAUCAGCUUUAAAGACUUCUGUCAUGGGGUGUUUGCCAUUAAAGGCUAUGACGAGAUCCUGAAGAACAUUCUGGAUUCACCCACCAUGGACACACACACAUAUCAAACAGACAACAACUUCUACUAUCAGAGUGGUGAUGAGAGUGCCGUUACCCAGCCCUGCCUGUUGUUCCCUCUCGACUCGGAAAUGGACAGCAGUGCAGGGUCCGAGUCGUCUGAUGUUCGUCAUGAUGACAAAGAGGAAGUCCUUGGUGGACUGUUUCUACCUGGAAGCAGUUCGGGUCAGCUUGUCUCAUCGGCAGCUGCAUCAGUAAUUUCAGCAGAGGAGCAGUUUGAAGAUUAUGGAGAAGGAGAGGAUGUUGAUUUUAUUCCUAGUAGCCCUUGUGCUGAUGAUGACACACGGACUAAUGGAUUUUCUGAUCUGGGCUCCUCAUUGCCUUCCAGUGCUGGACAUACACCUCAAAAAAUCCGACACUUUUACAAUAGCGAGCUGCUGGACGUUUAUUGUUCUCAAUGCUGUAAGAAAGUGAACUUGCUAAACGACCUUGAGGCUCGACUCAAGAACCUCAAAGCCAAUAGUCCAAACAGGAAGAUCUCCAGCACAGCUUUUGGACGACAGCUUUUCCAUCACAGUAAUUUCAGCAGUAGUCAUGGCAGCACUGAGGAUUUAUUUCGAGACAGCAUUGACUCCUGUGACAUUGACAUCACUGAAAAGGUGAGUUACCUGGAGAAGAAGGUGACGGAGCUGGAGAACGACAGCUUGGCAAACGGGGAUCUGAAGUCCAAACUGAAGCAGGAUAACACACAGCUGGUUCACAGAGUACAUGAACUGGAGGAGCAGAUUAAGGACCAGGAGACCCGAGCAGAGCAAAGUUUGGAGGAGGAGCUGAAGAGACACCGAGAGGUUUACAGCAAGAUGGAGAAAGACAAGAACAAUCAAAUAGAGCUCCUCUCUAACAGAAUACAGCAGCUAGAGGAAGAGAACUCUGAAAUGAAGAUGAACGUUUGCCGAUUAAAGUCUCAAACUGAAAAACUGGACCAGGAGAAGCAGCGCAUGACUGACAAGCUAGAAGACACAAGUCUGCGUCUAAAGGAUGAGAUGGACCUGUAUAGGAAGAUGAUGGACAAACUGUGGCAGAACAGACACGAAUUCCAGAAAGAACGAGAAGCCAUGCAGGAAUUAAUAGAGGACCUGCGUCGGGAGCUGGAGCAUUUGCAGAUGUUUAAGUUAGAAACGGAGAAACCUGGGCGUGGACGAAACUCCUUGUCUGAAUUCAGCUCUAGAGCACGUGAGAUCGAGCUCGAGCACGAAGUGAAACGCCUGCGGCAGGAAAACCAUAAACUGCGGGACCAGAACGAUGAUCUGAACGGACAGAUUCUCAGCCUCAGUCUGUACGAGGCUAAAAACCUGUUCGCUUGCCACACUAAAGCUCAAAGUCUGGCCACGGAGAUCGACAACGCAUCGAGAGACGAGUUGGUCGAGGCUCUAAAGGAACAAGAGGAAAUCAACUUCCGCCUCCGACAGUACAUGGACAAGAUCAUCCUGGCUAUACUGGACCACAAUCCUUCCAUCCUGGAAAUCAAGCACUAGACCUAUCCUGCAAAAGUAAAGUUUGGCAUUUUGUGCCACCUUGUGGUGGGGUAGUAAGGCGCAGCAACAUUUUCUUAAUCAGGAGAUAUAAAACUGAUGAAAUAUAUAAACGAGUGAUACAUCUAGAAUAUAAUGUAAAAUUCAAUAUUGCAUACACACACUCCGCUUGGGUCAGUUGCUUUAGUUAUCUAACAGUGCUACAUGAUGUUAAUCUUUACUAAAAUCAGUCCAGGAUGGUUAGUUGUUAUUGGCUGAAAUCAGCAGAUACAAGAAAGCAUAAGACAAAUAGCACUUUGCUAACCACAUAGCACCUUCACCAAUGUUUCUACCAGAACCACCCUCUGCCUUUUUUUUUUACCAAUUAACUUUAUCUGUUCAUACAGAUUUAACUAGUUAAAACAAUGACCCAAUAUUAAAUACUUAAAAGAAAAAUUCCAUUCUCAUAAUGACUGAGAGGCAUUAACUAUCUGCCUCUUACUGCCAUCUAAUUUUCCACUGUGUCAGCAUGCACAGGUGUGUGUAGUUUCAAAAUAAUCCCUGUACAUCAAAUCAUAGCCUUGCUGUAUAAUAUUUAGUGUACCUCUAGAACACCGUGUUGCACUCAGAAAUAUGAUUUAUCUAUUGCUGUUUUGAGGUUUUUAAGAGAUGUAAAAUCUGUUGUAAAAUGUAUAGACAUGAAUCUGCUCCUAUUGGGGAAAAAAAUGCUGAAACAGCACUGGCUUUAUGUAUUAGUGUACUAGAUGAAUGUACUGAGCCAUAAUCAGUUAUUAUUAUUAUUAUUAUUGUGAUUAUUAUUAUUAUUAGACAGGGUUCUUUUCCAUCUUACUCACGACGAUGACGGUUUAUCGGACCCCCUAAUAAGUACAGUACGUGCACAUGCCUGUGUGUGUGUGUGUGUCAUGUAGAAUGGACCUUUGGGAAAAUGCAAUUACUUUUCAGUGGCAAUAAGGCAAAUCUGGAGGUUUUUCAUCAUCAUCAUUAUCAUCAUCAUCAUUAUCAUCAUCAUCAUCAUCUUGUGGAGAGGAUGUAGAGACAAUGUAGCUUGUGUCCUUGCGUUUAGCUUGCGUAAACAGAAUGAUAGCCAUGGAAGUGCUAGGAUUUACGACGCAAGAGAAAACAAACCGAAGCACAAGCUAAAUGGGAAACGUUCACACACAGAGCAAUAGACAUGUGCCAAUAUGGUUCUGUUAAGUUUAACGUUUAAACUUUAAAGCAUUGUUUACACAGUUUUACAGUUAGAAGAUUUCUGUACAUUCGUCGACUAGCAUUUUUUAGAGCUCUUGUAAGAGAGUGAUGUGAAUAGGACUAGUGUUUUACACACAGUGCUUGAUUAACGAGCUAAAUUAGCUAGCUAAUCAUAAGCAAUGAUUUCUGCCAAAUGACAAACACAAAAACGCAUCAGUUGCCUAAAUUUCUUGUUCCAAAUUUUACUUCUAGUUGGCUUGCUUUUCAACAGUGUGAGUUCGCUAAUCAGAGAAGCUUAGAAAUAUUACUGCACGUAUUCCUCUUUAGUCAACGCGAAGGUUCAUUCUGCCAAAUGUACAGACCAGUGAGACACAUGUUCCUUUAAUAUCCCUACAAAUUCAUAAAAAAUUUUGGAGUCUUGUGUGAUAAUGACCUCUGUCUAUAUCAGUUUAGGAGAGAUGAUGCCUUUGGAAUGCUUUUGGGAUUUUAGUAUCGUGCUUCUGGGCAUCAUCUUACCGAUCAUCGGCACAUGGCUACACAUUUGCACAAAAUGGCACGUGUACAGGUUGUUGUAAUGUACGUCUGCAAGAGCGAAUGGAUACGUUUAUCAUUGUCUUGAAAAAGAAAGAUAAAGGAUGUGUUUAAAUAAUUAGAGAGAUUAUUUUCUUAUAUAAGUGUAAAAGAUGAGAAAUGAAUCCUCUCUCUUCACAAUUUUCUUUUUUUAUUUCUUUUGCAAUUUUCUAAAUAUAUAUCUAAUCAGGUUUUAAAAAGUAAGACCUAAAUGCUUGCUCUUCUGGGAAGAAUAUCAAUUAGAGAUGAAAUCUAGUGUUUAAGACAGAGACAAUAUAGGUGUGUAGAAGGACAAUAGACUAUUUAACUCACACCAAGAAGCAUAUAAAACCGUCCUUUAGAGUUCAUUUCUAGGUUUUUCGAUCUAUUCAUAAGAACUUGCUUCACACUGUUACUGUGCUAGCUGGCACAGUUUCUAUGUACUUAACCCCGCCCCCCUUUUUUAUUUUGAACAUUCGCAUGAUCUUGUGAGGGGACGCCAACAUAGGCGUGUUAUAAACUACAGGGUAGCUUUAAGUGGACUUACUUCAGCACGGCUCUAUGAAUCUGUUCAGUAUGGCCACACCUGGAACCGGCAUGGAACCGAUUUUAACGAAGCGGCAUGCUGGGUGAUCUUUGACUGCUAAUUUAAUAUUAAUUAAUUCCUACUUGAAAAUUUAGAUGCAUAAUUCAUGUCCAUAUUUUUGAAUUCUUACUACUCACAAACUUUUUUAUAAAGAAGUAGCAAUGGUGUCAGGAUACUCUCGAUGUUAUGGGGGCUUUCCCACAUUCCUGAAUCUUUUGCAAGAGCACGUACAGUAGAACUGUUCCUAAUUGAAAUUAUGGCGUCCUUAGACUUAUACUCAUAAUGUAAUCACGUACAACUCUGCUACAUACUAUACCAAAGUCAUGCUCGAUCACAGGGUGUUUGCGAAAAUACACUAUUUACCUGCAAAGUAACUAAAACACCUCAUGAUUUGCUAUAAAUUGUUAUAAUUUCUAACGGCGACCUAGAUACCUGUGACAACAAAAGCUAUAAACCUGCCAAGCACUUAUGUACCAAACAUCACUUUAUGCACUGUAGUAUCUGUACUAUUUAGUAGUUUAUUGCAAAGGGUUGGAUUUAGCCAUUUUAGCAGAUUUAUUCCACCACUGAAGUUAUACAUCAACACCAAGCAAGACAUUUGGUACAUAUUUGGACUUAUACAAACUUCUACAAACCAUCUUCAUACAGCUUAUGAAUAACUGCUACAAUGGGCUUUUAGUCAGUCGAUACAGUUAUUUCGAUGCCUCGAGCCGUGACCGAAGUUCAUCAAACAAGGCAUCAAAAUAAUUUUUGUCCUUUGAUUUCUACAAUCUUAAGCCGUAUCAGUUCAGGAUCAAAUUUGGGAAUGUGGGAAAGCUCAAAGCAAUUCGCUUGACAAAGAAGGUCAGUGUAUCACCUGCCUGUACUGACUUUAAUUUUGUAUUUGUCACUUCAUAAGACUCCACAAGAGUUUAUACAUGUCUUGCAUAAAGAAUGGCUUUAACUUGUUUAAGCUUUCUAGCGAGACGAACGUGAUUAAGGACAUGAUAUUACAGUGCAGUCAGCUCAUUUAUUGACAUGUGUAUGCCUCCUAAAAAAUAAGACGUGUGUCCCUUUUGGUAAGACGAAUAUGCUAUACAAUCAAAUGUUCAACUGGAAGAAGUGCUUUCACUGUAAAUGCCAUGAAUGUAUCACCUCUGUUUUUUAUCACAAUGUAAUGUUUUUUUUUUUUUUCAUUUCUAUAUUAAACAUUAUGUGAAUGACAGUAUUGUAGUUCAGAUUACUGCUGUACACAGAAAUGCACACUAUUGCACAAAGCGCAUGUGUAGUCGGGUUUAUGGUCGUGCCUAUAUUUUGUCUUUGAAUAACCUUUGAUUUUACUAGGAACCUUUUUUUGUAUGUACUGUUCAUAGACUUCCUUCGCUAUAUCGCAUUGUAGCAUUGUUGUCAACUGUACAGUUUGUAUUGACGUACAACACACACGCACACACACAUGCACACCCUAGCUAAAGAGCAAAUGAUGGUUGUUUAGGCUGAACUAUUCAGCAAAUUUUGUAAUUAUAGCUUAUUCCUUAUAUAUUCAAGAUGAAUAAAAAAAGUGCUAACAUUAUUUGAACUUAUUCUAGGCACUUAGAAAUAAUGUCUCAUCAGCACAUUAGAUAUUUGUGGAAAAUAAAGUCCUGUGCUUGCACUAAUAACUCAGCACAUAGAAUAAUAUGUAAAAUUAUGUUUUUGUUUUUUUUUUUUUGUAAAUGCUAAACCCUUACUGAUCAUUUUAGUGCCAUUUGUUUUUUGUACUCAAUUGAUAGAUGGUUGCUCACCUGUCACGACACACAGGCUAAACUUUUUGAUUUUGGUUUUCUUAUUUAAAAAAAAAAAGAAAGGAAAGAAAUCAUUGUUAAUGAUCAAGCAACAAGCUGCAAAUUGAAAACUAUAAUAAAGCAUUUGCAUUGG